ACGUUUCCUUUGGCUCCGGUCCUGAGCCUUCCACAACCAAAUCCCUUAUUCUCCUCAAUGCGUUCUACAAUCUCCUCCGGAAUGUCCUCCUGGACCCUUUUCGCCCUUGCCUUCUCGUCGUUGGCCGCUGCAGCUUCCGGAGCUUGGACAUUUGAAGAUGCGCAGGCCGUCAUCGCCGCGAAAGGAGGUAAAGCUGAAGCUUAUAAGUGGGUUCUCACAAACAAGCAACCUAACGGAACUUUAAGCUAGUGAGGGCAAUUGGGAUAAUCCCCAACUAACAAACCAUCUCGCUAGGUUCUCCCCCACCAAACCAAUCAAAGGGGCUAUCAACCUUGGGCCAAAGGAUAUAUUAAAAGUCUCGUUGACUGUCAAGGAGGACUCCAAGGUUGGCCGCCCUCACCAGGCCUUCCUUCUGGUUCAGGAACCCGAGAGCAAAGUGGAGGCCUUUUUCCCGCUUAAUGUGAAGGAAUUAUCUGGGAAAGCUAAGGUCGAUUUGGUAUGAUAUUUCAUUAUUUACGGGUAUUUAGAUGUUUACGUGUCCUAACGGAUUGUUUCCUUGGUAGUCUCACAAAGAUCUCCCGGCCUUUCUACUUACUGCCCCUUCACUUUCCCUAUCGCUUGUCCUCGGCUCCUUCGGCCAAUCUACUGCCUCGAUCGCUACCAUCGGGAACGUCGAACCCUUGCUUGACCCGGCCGCAAAAGCCCUCCUCGAGAAACAGAAGCAGAAGGACAUUGGCGAGGGAACCGUCGUCUAUAGGGCCAAGGAUGAGAUCCGUCACGUCUUUAGGGCGGACCCUCAGAGCCCCCCUAAGAUUAUUACCCUGGUUUUCUUGCUCUCGGUGCUGGCCGGACUCGGCGGUCUUUUCGUAGUUGUAAGUUUCCCACUGACCCGCUGCAGGGCAGCUUAACCGAAACUAACGGACAUAAUAGUGGUUCCCGAUUCUUGGAGGGAACUUGUCCCACCUUCCUAAAGCUCUCAAAGCUGCCCCAAUCUCCCAUCCACUUUUCUUCGCCAGCUUGCUUUCGCUGGAGGGCAUCUUCUUCAUGUACUACACCCAGUGGAACCUCUUCCAGACACUCGCCGGAAUGGCUGUCGUAGGACCCGUUGCCUUGUUCAGUGGCAGCCGGGCAUUGAGGGAAGUCAGGGCCAGGAGAGAAAGGGAGAGCGCUAGGCGGUGUGAGGAAAAAUAAAUCUGUGGUUGUGGCCUCUGAUGUAGUCGUGAUACCAAUCAUGGCACGAAAGAAAAAUGAGGACAUGUGGCAUUUUACAUUUUCUGGAAUUUCCGAACAAAAAAAAAAAGCCUAUCAUAUCUAGUAGGGUAUCAAGUUAGAAUUGCGCUGUGUGGAUUAAGGGAAAGGGUUUCGGAAUAAAAUGUACGAGUACUGUACGCUGCUUUGACAGGGCUACUUCAUGGGGUGGGAAGGAAUGUAUCAUGUACCUGUAGAAGGAACGGGACAGGGGAGGGAUGCCCGAGCGAGAUUAACGAGGCGGAGCUAGAUGAGUGCGUGAUUCUUGGCGGUAGCGUUGUUGGAGCACCUACGUACCGUACGGUGUACGCACACGGUAUAGGUAUUGAUUGACUUGGUCGCAUGCACACUUCCAGGAACACCGAGGGGUCACUUGUAAGGG